AUGAUCGCUAAACUAAAUAAAUGUUUAGACUUAUGUUUUAACCAAAUUCAGCAGACCCACCAUCAAGACACUACCAGCCUACAGCAACAUAACAGCUCUAGUUCACAAGAACAACCCUUUGCUUCACAACACAAUCAUGAGUUCAACGUGCCACAGACCCAACAACAUAAAAAACACAGCAGCAACAAUACUAGUAAUCAGCAAGUCUGUGACAGUCCUCUCACUAUCUCUCUACUGAAUAGAACACUUAAAAUAAAAACAACUACACAAAAGUACUCUUCUAUCAAUUACAGCAACACUAAACUACCUCCAGUACAUGGACAAAAGUCUAUUGAAAUACUACCAACUAAACCAAGUCUGCCAACUUGUUUGUGGAAAACUAUAGCAGUCGGCAACUAUAUUGACUUACAUGAGUUUGCCUAUACAAACUUAAAAACUAGUCUUAAAAACAACAUAGAUGAACAAACACUGCAAGCAUCUGAAGGAGGCAUCAUUGCUAUUUGCAAACGAAAUCAACAGGAACUUAAUGCCUAUCAUAAUCACAUUAAUACGCUAUGCAUCAGACAAGAGUUCUCAGCAGUCAUCACAUAUGAUGAGGAUCGAAGAUUAGGUCUGACUAUGAACCGAGACUCUACUCUGCUCGAACAAAACAUCGAAGCUAAAGAUCUGACAUCACCUGGCACAACAGCAGGCAAAUCUGCAUUAACUAGAAUCGUAGAGGGUGUACUGACGAUAACAACUGCAAAUGGGUUCAUGCCUGUAUGA